AUGGCACCGCCGGCGGCAAUGUCGACGACCGACGCCAGUGACAAGAUAAAGACGGUGGUGGUGCUCGUCCAGGAGAACCGCUCCUUCGACCACAUGCUCGGGUGGAUGAAGACUGUUAAUCCGGAAAUCGACGGCGUCUCCGGCGACAGGCAGUUUUUCAACCCGAUCUCCACCGUUGGCCCCGCCGCCGGCGUCUUGUACUUCGGCGACGGAUCGGAGUACGUCGACCCCGACCCUGGCCACUCCAUCCAGGCCAUCUACGAGCAGGUCUACGGCGUCCCCUUCGUCGACGCCGCCUCCACCCCCAUCACCCCGCCGGGCGUGGCGUCGCCGCCGAUGAGUGGGUUCGUGCAGGAGGCGGAGAGGGAGCGGGCGGGGAUGUCGGAGACGGUAAUGAACGGGUUCCGCCCCUCAGCAGUGCCGGUGUACGAGUCGCUGGUGCGGGAGUUCGCGGUGUGCGACCGGUGGUUCGCGUCGGUACCGGCGUCGACGCAACCGAACCGGGCGUUCGUGCACUCGGCGACGUCGAACGGGCUGACCAGCAACGACAACAAGCGGCUCGUCGCGGGGCUCCCUCAGCGGACCAUCUUCGACAACCUCCACGACGCCGGCUUCUCCUUCGGCAUCUACUACCAGUUCCCGCCGUCGACGCUCUUCUACCGGAACUUGAGGCGGCUGAAAUACCUGGGCAACUUCCACCAAUUCGAUCUCACGUUCAAGGAUCACUGCAAGAAUGGCAAACUCCCCAACUACGUCGUCAUCGAGCAGCGCUACUUCGACCUCAAGAUCCUCCCCGGCAACGACGACCACCCUUCGCACGACGUCGCCCAGGGACAGAGGCUCGUCAAGGAGAUUUACGAGGCCCUCCGGUCAAGCCCCCAGUGGGACGAGAUCCUCUUCGUCAUCACCUACGACGAGCACGGCGGCUUCUUCGACCACGUACCUACCCCCGUCGUCGGCGUCCCCAGCCCCGACGGCGUCGUCGGCCCCGCACCCUUCUACUUCAACUUCGAUCGAUUGGGUGUCCGCGUUCCGGCCAUCUUGGUGUCGCCUUGGAUUGAACCUGGAACCGUGAUUCACGAGCCAUCGGGGCCGCAGGCGACGUCCCAAUUCGAGCACUCCUCCAUUCCGGCGACGGUGAAGAAGAUCUUCAACUUGAAGGAGUUCCUGACGCAUAGAGAUGCAUGGGCAGGAACGUUUGAGGCCGUGCUCACACGCACAACGCCGAGAAUGGAUUGCCCAGAGACAUUGCCGGAGCCCAAGAAAUUGCGAGCUCGGGAGGCGGAGGAGAUGGCAAAACUGUCGGAUUUACAAACGGAUUUGGUGCAAUUAGGGGCGGCACUGAACGGCGACCAUGCCCUCGCCGACGAGAACCCGGAGAGGCUGGCGGAGAGGAUGACGGUGGCCGACGGUGCUCGGUACGUGCAAAACGCCUUCAAGGCGUUCUUGGAGGAGUGCGAGAGGUGCCAGAAGGAAGGCGUCGACGGGUCGCAGGUGGUGGAGGUGGUGAAGCGGCCGACGUCGGUGAAGGAAGACGAUAGGGCGGUGGCGCAGAGGAAGAGGCCGGCGGCGACCUUGUUCGGGAAAGUGUUCUCUUGCUUGGUUUGCAACACGUCACAAGAUUGA